AAGUGCCCGUGGUAGUAAAGCUCUCAGGAGGGUAACACAACAUUUCACUGCGCACUGGCAACUCUGGAUUUGACGUAUUAUUUUUAUUAAACCACCAUUUGACCGUGACCUGUCCCCGUCGGAGGAGGAAAAUGGUCACAAUGGACGAACUUUGUGAAAUGGAUUGCAGCGUUUUGAAGAGGUUGAUGAAGGACGACAGUGCGAAAUGUCUGCUUUUGGACUGCAGGUCGUUUCUGGCGUUCAGCGCCGGUCACCUCCGCGGUGCUGUAAAUAUUCGAUGUAACACGAUAGUUCGGAGGCGAGCGAAAGGCUCCGUGAGUCUGGACCAGAUUCUGUCCGGUGAUGAUGAAGCGAGAGUCCGUCUGAAAUCAGGGCUGUACUCCGCCGUGAUCUUGUACGAUGAGCGGACCUCUGAUACAAACACCAUGAAAGACGACAGCACGAUCACCCUGGUGCAUAACGCUUUGUGUAGGGACACGUUUAGGACAGAAGUCUAUCUGCUGAAAGGAGGCUACGACAGAUUUUCCACACAGUAUCCCGAUUACUGUUUGAAAACCAAAACACUGGCAGUGUCCAGCCCUCAGUCCAGUGUGGAGAGCAGCUGCACCUCCUGCGGAACUCCACAGCAUGACCAGGGUGGUCCUGUGGAAAUCCUCCCCUUUUUGUUUCUUGGCAGUGCCCUCCAUGCAUCUAAAAAGGACAUGCUGGAUCGUAUGGGCAUUUCUGCUCUGUUGAAUGUAUCUUCAAAUUGUCCAAACCAUUUUGAAGGGUAUUACCAGUAUAAGUCUAUCCCAGUGGAAGACAACCAUAAGGAGGACAUCAGCUCUUGGUUCAUCGAAGCCAUUGAAUUUAUAGACUCCGUCAAGGAUUCCAACGGUCGUGUUCUGGUGCAUUGUCAGGCUGGCAUCUCACGGUCGGCCACUAUCUGCCUGGCGUACCUGAUGAAGAAGAAGCGUGUGCGUCUGGAAGAGGCCUUCGAGUUUGUUAAACAGCGGCGCAGUAUCAUCUCCCCCAACUUCAGCUUCAUGGGUCAGCUGCUACAGUUCGAAUCUCAGGUGCUGGCCACUUCCUGUUCUGUAGAGGCCGCCAGCCCUUCUGCCACUCUCGGCCCCAAGUCUUCCUCCACCCCCACAUCGCCCUUCAUCUUCAGCUUCCCCGUGUCAGUAGUGAUGCACAGCCAGUCCAGCAGCCUCACCUACCUUCAGAGUCCCAUCACAACUUCACCAAGCUGCUGAUACAGCGCAAGACUGAAAAAAUUGCUCACAAACACCAGAAAGGGUGAAUUUUUCAGACGUUCUUCACAAUCAUGUGGUCAUUCUAGCUGAGCUGCACCCCAUUUUUUAUGACUUCACUGGUGACCCGUCCUCAUCUAACUCACCCUGCAGUCUCCACCGCACAUUAUUAUCAGAAGAAUAAAUCAUAAUAUCCUGUGGGGACAGUUCAUCUCCUUCAUUUCCUGUGCUUCACUUCCAAAGACUUCGUGACUGGCCGGCGGGGCUGGUGGGAAUGAAGAACAGGAGGUCCUUCGACCCUGACAAGUUCUUCACACUGCGUCUGAACUUCCCAUUUAUCACUUCCUCUCGCUGGCCUUCCUGAAUUCUUUUGAUAGAGAUGAUUGUGGCUUGACCUUUGGAAGGAAGUGUCUUUCAUCAAGUUGGUUUUGCAUCUGUCAGUGCCUUGUACAAAGAAGGUACACAGACACUUUCACAAGACGCUCACGUCACCGUUGUGUCAGACUGAUCGCGAACAAGACAUUCACACAUUUCACUCUGCAAUACAGAUCCGUUCCUGUCACAGAUCAGAGCAAUAACUUGAUUCCCCUUCCUUCCAGUCACCACCAAAGCACUGUAU